CAAGUGGUAACCUUCGACCUUUACGACUUGCUCCUUGGAAAGUUCGCAGACACGAUGCAUGACUUAUGUCAUGUGUAGCAACUAUUUUUGGCCCUUUAAGCCCAGAAGGUAUCGAAGCAUAAAUAUGAGAACAAAAUGAUAACGGAGUACUAUCUAUUCGGGAUGGCACUGUCGACUGAAGACAAGCGCAAACUGCUACACAACAAAUGGUUCAAAGAUGUCAAGUUAGCGAACGGACUCACACAGGAACACUUGGAGGGUUUUGAGACAUUUGCUGUGCGUGAUGAUGACGUUUUCGUAGCAUCCUACCCUAAAACUGGCAGUACCUGGGUGCGGCAGAUUGUGUCUCUCCUGUACUGUGACGCAGAUCCUGAGAAAGAUAUCUCCACGUACAAAAGAUUUCCAUUUUUUGAAAGGUACGACCUAAGGACCCAAGCACCCGUCUACAAAACUAUUGAAGCAGCACCUUCUCCAAGGCUGAUAAAGACUCAUCUGCCUUAUGACUUGCUGCCCAGGGAUGUCAGGGAUGGAAAAGGAAAGGUCGUGUAUGUGACGCGUAACCCUCACGACACAGCAGUAUCAUUCUUCCACUUCUCCCAAGGAAACACCGCUUUACUCACAUGGGACACAUUUGAUGAGUUUCUCAACAACUUUCUGGGUGGAAAAGUGUCAUAUGGGGACUUCUACAGAAAUGUUCUUGGGUUCUGGAAGCACAAAGAUGAUGCAAACAUAUUGUUCCUGAAGUAUGAAGAUAUGCAGAAGGAUCUUUACAAAGUGGUUGUAAGUGUCGCAGACUUUCUCGGGAAGAAAUUUCCUGAAGAAUCACUGCAGAGAGUUCUAGACCACUGCCGCUUUUCCGUUAUGAAGAACAACCCCAGAGUCAACUAUGAACCACUGGCAAGGAAGGGGAUUUUGGAUUUUAGCAAGUCCAAAUUUAUGAGGAAAGGAAUAGUGGGAGACUGGAAGAACUACUUUUCAGCCCAGCAAAGAGAAACUGCUGAUCGACUGUACAGACAGAGGACUUUGGGAACAGGACUGCACUUUGACUUUGAGCCCUGUGAACCAGCAAAACUGUAGAGAUCCUGUGUUUUGCUGGCCUGAGGUUUUAGUAGUCUGCAAAGAAAUCAAGAUGGUGCAUUCAUUUGUAAUCUCAUGUAUGAUUAGAUGAUACAUUCAGUACCAGCAGUGUAGAUGUUAAUAAACAUUCUGA